GUAACUCGGGAACAGACUGUACAGCAAAGAUCUACAGGUGCCGCUACAGCUCAUGUGUAUUGCGAUCAUUCUAUCUCUUUUGCUCUUUGGGGGUAGUAGAAAAAGCAAUAAUAAGACGACAUAACAAUAAUAAGACAAGCAUAAACAUUGGUAGCGUCUCGUCCUGGUUAACGGGGAACGGUUUGAUUGAAUUACCGAUUUUCGGUGGCGAAAAGCAACGCAAUCGCUUCAAAACAUGAGUGACAUGCAUCGUAAGCUUGACGCGUUGAGCGGUAAAAAUCGAGCACUUCAGAGAGUCCGCAAAUCCGGUAUCCUUUAUCGGGGAGCGGCGCGUUUGCUGUUGGCAGACAGGAUGCCACAAGAAACUGUAAAUGUGGUGCCUGCAUCGGAGCUGCAAGUAUCGUCUUCCUCGCCGCAGUCUUCCAAUGCAGUCCAAAAUCAAAACGAAAGUCCUUCUUCGUCAGAUCUGGAUAUUCUGUUCCAGGAUACACAGGAUUACGAAAUGGAUUUAGGAGACUCCGAUAAUUCUGCGCUUCUAGAUGAGAGCGAUGAAGAGAUGUCUUCCGAUACCGACGAAGACGACGAACCCGAUUUCGCUCGGAUGUCGAACGAGGAUUGUGUGCGUUAUUGGGCACUGGCGGGAAAUGAAUCGAACGCUUCAAUCAAGAUGAUUCUGGGAAUUUUGCGCGCCAAAACAAAUUUUAAUUUACCUACAGACCCAAGAAAGAUCCUACGCACUCAACGACACCCGAUGAGGAUCCACCAGCUCGGAAAUGGAAAACUUUGGUACCACGGAAUACGUCGCUGCUUGACGGUUGAAUUGCGAAAACAUAAAACGUGUCCACAACCUCUUCUGUUCGAUUUAAGCAUUAAUCGUCUUCCUCUGCGCAAUCGGUCAAAAAGGCAGUUUUGGUCUAUUUUACUAAAGAUCGUAGAUCAACCGAACUGGCCGGCGAUGGUUGUUGCCAUCUAUUCGGGCACAGCAACGCCUGUCAGUAGUGAAGCUUUCCUUCGGCCGAUGGUCGAUGAAAUAAAAGAACUAUACGUGGCAAAGCUGGUUAUAGACAGAACAAGAUUUGUAGUGAGCUUACGAGCCAUUAUUGCGGACAUGCCUGCACGAGCGUUUAUAGAAGCUGUAGACAGCCAAGCCGGAACAAGCCCCCUCAUCGACAUACCAAACUUUGACUUGUACAAGGACGUCAUAACGGUCUUUAUCAGGUCGAUACUGGCGUAACUAUAGAAUUGUUCGACAUUUGGUUCAGGGAUGUAGUUGGUAAAGAGGAAGCGUGGAUUUUACCUGCAGAAAUCCUAAACAGACUUGAACAGCAAAAGUUUCCAGUUGAAACCAAACAAAAGCUACGAUCUUUCGAGGAUUUAUCAUUGUGGAAGAGCACUGAUUGGCAGACCUUUCUUCUUUACGCAUCUCCCGUAGUAUUGAAAGGAUUGCUGACGGAAGAGAAAUACAAACAUUUUAUGCUGUAUUUCUGCGCCAUUACAAUACUCUCAUCCAAACAGCAUAAACAUCUGUGGGAAAAGGCGAACCAAAAGCUGAGACAGUUUGUAGGUACCUUUGCCAAAAUCUACGGAACAAAUGCAGUAACAUCCAAUGUGCACAGCCUCACAAAUCUAUACAAACAAGCUGUACGCUUUGGCUGCAUAGGCGAUUACUCUUCGUACUCUUUUGUGCAGAAAUUAGGCUUUUUGAACAAUUAUCUACAAUCGGCAAACUAUCGGGGUUUGGAGCAAGCAGGGCGUAGAAUACAAGAAUUUGAAAGCUUAAAUGUCAACUAUAAACGCCAACCUUUCUCAGAGCCAGUCUGUAGGUGGAAAGGCCAAACGGUUACCUUGCAUGUGCGGCAAGGAUUUAUGCUGCGUAACGAUAACGUUAAUGAUUGGUUAAUCACCCAAGAAAAUGAGGUGUUUAAAUUUGUAUCCGCCAGAAACUGUAAUGGACAAGUGAAGAUAAGAGGCAAAUUGUUUUCACAUAUUUACGAGGUGUUUGACUCAUCUAGUGAAAUUUUGAUUUUUUCUGCUAAAAUGAGCGAACUUUCCAGCGAAGAAUAUGAACUAAAAUGCUCGGAUUUAAAGUGUAAGCUAGUGAAAGUAAUUGAUGAUACUGAAGAGCAAAACUUUGUUUUUUUCCCGUUACUUAGUACUUUAUUAUAAACACUUUUGCAUUAUGUUUCUGUUCUUAAAUCGACGUGUUGAAAUAAAUUUACUGUAACCAAA